CUCGUUUGCCGUCACUCUAAGUAACAUGUGGAUGCCUCAGCUGCCAGUGGAAGACACCUUCGUCCAUAACAGAGCAUCUCAGUGCAAUUGUACUGAGACGCUCUGUGAUGAACAAACGUGCCUUCAUCCGACCGUGAUGACCAUCCACAGGUACUGCCAACAAAUCUCUCCCGUAUAUAUAUGGAUAGCGACACAAUUGCGGGCAACUGACUAUAGCCACUAGAAAACCCUUCCCACAAACCCACAAAUAAUAGAUAGCAGCACACAGAACCCACACAGCCCAUCGCUCUCUCUCAUUGAUCCAUCCAUUCAUCCAUUCGCGUGUCAUCAAUCAUCGCCGAUGCACCACGGCGCUAAUGCACAUGGGCACGUAACCCCCCCGCCCCACCCACACCCGCACCUGCUCCUCAACAAGGUCCUCCACACCGCGGAACACCCCACCGAGGGAGUCACUCAGCCGAUGCAGCACAGAGUGGGGGUGGUGCUUCGGGUAGUUGAAUGCAUGAGGGCCGCCUGAUCCGAUCCAUCCAAACACACACACACACAUACACACACAUACAAAUGGGUGGGGCUUUUGUGCUUGUCAUGGGAUUGGUUGCUCCGUGUGUGCGUGUGUGUGGUCUACCGUACCCAGUUUGUGUAUCUUUGUGUGGGCCAGGCCGCUGAUGUUGAGGACCAGCGAAACGACAAUGACGGUCGUCAUGAGGGCGAACAGCAGCACCGGGCCGUACGCCGAGUCGAAACGCGACUGAGGCAGAUACCUGCAAACACACAGACAAUGAGACAGAAAAAUGCAGCGCGCUCUCUCCCUCUGUGUGUGUGUGUGUGUGUGUGUGUGUCCCACACCACCCCACUGACUCACUCUUUGAUGGCGUGGCAUCUGGCUAGAAACACCCCAUAGGCAUACAGCACCAUCACCAUCGACAUCGAUGCGAACAUGAACCCUACACAAUCAAACACAACACACCCAGCACUUCACUCACUGCUGUGUCCUCCUCUCCUUCCCCCUUUCUCCUCAGUCACCCGAUAGCGGCGCUGCCCAUCCCUGCUCGGGCAAGUUGAAGAGCACAACAGCCAACGCCCCCAGGAAUAGCGACUUGUAGACGUAGUGCAGGAACGUCCUCUCCGCCGCGAAGAAGGCCUUGGGCUCCACCCUCUUGGGCCGAGGGCCUUGAACAGGCCCGCCCCACUCGACCGGCCCCCCCACCCCGCCCACACGCACAGCCAAAGCAGGGUCCAUCCAUCCCUCCAGCUGCUGGGGCAGCGGCGGCAGCCUCCCCGGCCCCAAGCCCGCCUGCCUCUGUCGCGCCAAUGCGAUCCUCUCCUGUGUGCUGAUGGCGGCUGGGUCCACCCCUGGGCCCCACCCCUGUGAUAUGUGCAAGGGGGAGAGGCGGAUGCCCGAGUGGGGCGGGUAGAGGUUGUGCAGGUCGGCACGCAGCAUCCGCACGGACGAGGUGGCCGCAGCGGCUGAUGCUCUGCGGUCGGGAGGGGCGAGGAUGACGGCGCCUCUGGCCUCGAGAGGGGGGGCGUCCUCCUCCCCUUCACGCACGAUGGGGGCGUAGCCACGCCGACGGCGGGAGGAUGAGCCUUCCUCAGACGGACGCCGGAAGACCCACCCGGUGAGGCGGCGCAGGAAGGUGAGCGGGCCAGCUGAGAGAAAGAGAAAGGGCAAAUGAGGUUAUGGGGGUCAGGGGCCAGGGGUGUGUGUCAAGGAUGCACUGACUGACCAGAUUGGGCUCUCAGUUCCUCUGGUGUGCCGUCGUGUGGAGGGGACGGCAGAGCGUCUUCACUCACGUCUGCACACAUGGACAAAGAAAUGGUCGUUGGGCCAUCAUCCUCUGUGUGUGCGUGUGUGUGCGCACACCCACCCGUUCUGAGGAUCCUGUUGAUGCGUCCUGUCCGCGAGACAGGCGAGGGCGAUGAGGCGUCCCGGGGGCCAAGCGUAAUGCCAAAACCUGCAGGCAUCGAAUCAUCAGCCAAAGGGCAGGAAAGGGACGCACACUCAAGGCGUGCAAGGCGUCAUUCGGUGCCUGCCUGCAACGUAUCCCUUGCUCUCGAAGUCCUCAAACCAGUGGGGCAGCUCGGGCACCAGGUUGCUGCACACCACACCGGCACAGACGGAUGGAUGCCAGAUCUCUGCCCGUCGGGUCUGUCUGUCUGUCCGUUGUGAAUGCCGACCGAUGCAGGAAGGCUAUGCCGUGCUGGUACUUGGAGAACUUGUACACGUCAAUCGCAGCCGACGCACUAAACGAACCAACCAACAAUGCUUCCCCCACCCCAGACCAGACCACCCCGCCGCCCCCUUAUCCCUCCGCCCGUCUGAUCUGGCUGACGUACGUGAGCAGGUGUUUGACCCAUUCGGGCUCGCUGGCCUGGAGCUUGACCUCCAGCACGGCGUAGGGGAACUUGACCACCUCCUCCUUGCACAGCACGUCGGUCCUGAGCCUGCACCAGCCGUCGCGCGUCUGCCCCUCGGGCAGGAGCUCGUUGACCAUGCAGAGGUUCUCGUCAAGGGAGAUCCGCACCUCGUUGCUCGCUGACAGCUGGUAGGCUGACCGGUAGUAGGAUGUGCGCAGCUGCAUGCAUGUGACACAGACAGACAUGGACACACAAGUGGUUGGAUGGAUGGAUGGAUGGAUGGGUGGGUGGGUGUCGCCUGGGGCCUUGUGUUGUGUGUGUGCACCGACCACAGGUUGCAGCUGCAGCUGUGUGAUGGAUGUCUGGACUUCCCUGCCCAGCUGCAACAUCCGGUUGUACUUGCCGCUGGACAUGGGCACCUGCGCACACCACACCAGCCGGCACGAGUAUGCCUGUGUCCUGUGUGUGUGCCCACGUAUCUUUCUUUCGCGUACCCCGUCCUCCUUGGCCUUCUCUUGAACCAGAUCAUCAAUCGUCACCUCACCCUGACACAAUCAGGGAGGGCACACAGGUCGAUGCAUCCCAAUGGACGGGCUGUGUGGGGAGGGGGGGUUGGGGGGGGUUGGGGGGGGUUGAGGGGGGUUGGCUGUGCUUCUGACUGACCCGCAUGAAUGCGAGGACCCGUUGCUGCGGCACGGCGAACCUCUCCUUGGUGGACGACUCGCCCGUCCAGCCCUCGUGGUGCGUCUUGCUGGUGGACACACACACACACUCCUCAUCUUAAUGAACGACAUCGGAUGGGCUGCUACGUCUGUCUGUAGGUGAAUGUCAGCUUACCGUUCGACGAAUAUUUCCUUGUCCGGCUGUGCGUCGUUGAAUCCAUACCACCGGAAGCGAAUCAGUUCGGCCCCCUCCAGACGCAUAAUGCGAUUCGUGUAGCACGUCGCAGCUGAAUGCACAAGCCACCCAGACAAGCAUGAGCGAGGGGAAUGACCCUUCCCCAGAUCUCUGUCUGCGCACGUGAACGUACAUGUGUUGUCGAAGUAGACAGAAGAGACGAGUUGUUUGUCCUGCAGCUCCAGCGGCUUGUCGAGUGACUCCAUGCGGGACGAGUCGCGGUCACUGCCCACACCAGUGCCGCCCGACAGCACGCCCAGUGGGUCUUGGAACACCUUCUCCUCCUGCUCCUUUGGGGAGGCCCCGAAGACCAGGUAGGGCAGGUGCUUCACUAUCAACGUCUUGGCCGCAAUCAGCUGCAUUGCAUACCGAACACCCCACCAAACGGACACAUCAAUCACAUGUGCCAGUCAGUCAGUGCUGCUCACCCGCUCGCUCACCUUGUCGUAUCUGAGCCAAUACUUGGUCGUCUUGCGCUCGAACGUGUCGGGCGGCUUCCACGCCUCACUCUCGUCCAAAUCCUAUCACACAGACACACACACACACACACACAGAAGGUCCAAAUGUGAGUGCCUUCGGAGCGUGUGUGCGUCCGCGCCUUUCCGCACCUUUGCAACGGUCCGGAAUUUGUUCCACGUGAUAGAGAGUGCGAGCACCAGGCGGUCGAUGUUGGUGCUGCAGAACGACUCGCUCUUGAUGGACGCCAUGUACCACUGGAAGCCCGUCGUGCGGAAGGCACGGUCGAAGAUGGUGCACAGCUGCAUGAUGGCCUUGUAGUUGACGCGCACAUACGUGUCUGCCGUAGCACAUACACACACACACACACACACACACACACAUGCGGCAUGGCUGUGUGUGUGUGUGAGACGGGUGUGGUGCAUACCUAGUUGGGCGAUAGCGUCUGCCUGCUCGUCGAUGUCGGCCUCGACCAUGGCGAGGACGGCCUGCUGGUCUUUGAGGUGCUGCUGGUCGCGCAGCGUGUAGCGAGUGAUGUACUGCAGAUUGCGAAAGAUCUCCUCCUCGUUGACCAUCGAAAACUGAACACACAACACAACACAUCCAUCCACAGUCACACUGCCAGCCAUCCAUCCACUGCCAUUCUGGUGUGCUGUACUUGGUUGAUCUUUGCCAGCUCGUUCUUGAGAAUCCGUUGGAAGGUGAGCUCUGGCCUGUCACCGGUCAUGCGCAGCUCCUGCAAGGCAUCGUACCGGACGUGCAUGAGUUGCUGCUCGUCCUCAUCGGGCGGGAAGAGCUCAUCCACAAGGUGGUCCGUCCCCUCGGUGGGGAGUGGGCGGACUGAUCUGGGGUCGGAGAGGUAGGCCUGCUUGAUGAACUCCUUGAUGUCGGCGUAGGCCACGUAGUACUGACGGAAUUUGGGAUGCGCCUGCCCCAAGAUGGAGCCGAACACCAUGAUUGUCGAUGGAUGAGUAGAUGAACCGUCAGCGGAGCUUCACACAGCCUGCCGUGGAGAUCUUCG